AUGAUUUCCAGCGGUCUAGAAUAUGAUCCAACUCUAGAUAUCACAACUAUUUUGUCAGCUAAAGGGUCUAUUGAAGAUAUAGACAAGCUGAUAAAUGCUACAAGGGGAUAUAAGCUCCUUUUGGAAGAAGAAAUCGCAAGCGAUAGAAAACAAGAAGCUGCAGCAAAUGAAGAGUUGAGCAGCAAGACAUUUGAAUUUGACAAAAUUUUCCAAGACAUCGAGGCAACAAGAACAUUUGCAUCAACUACACAGUCAACAAUUUCGCAUUUGACGCAAGGCAUAUCUCAUUUAGAUAAUGCCAAAAGAAACCUAACAUUGUGUAUGACAGUUUUUCAGAAUUUAAAGAUCCUUACGGAUAGCUAUACACGUUGUAAGAGCCUGCUUGCAAAGGAUAAAUUCAAAGAAUCUACUUCUUCGUACGAGAUAAUGUGUUCGUUAGCAGAGAAUACUUUCAGACCAUAUAAAUCUGUAGAUGAGAUUAAUCGGUUGCUCAUGUCAAUAGCAAGAUUACGCAAAGACACGUUUGAGCGCAUAAAACAAACUUACCACAAGGUGAUUAUAGGGAAGGCGGCAGAUGCGGGCCAGCUCGAGUCACAGCUGAGAGAGGGAGCUUGUGUUCUUUUGGAGUGUGAUCCUAGUGACAAGUCUCAAAUCAUUGAUUGGUGUAUUGAUAAAUUGCUGUAUGAGAUAAAUGAGAUUUUUAAGUUAGAUGAUGAGGCUGGAUCAUUGGAGAACCUGUCGAGGAGAUAUAUAUUCUUCAAGAAAAUUUUGAACAAUUUUAACUCCAAUUUUAGCAGAUAUUUUCCUCAAGAGUGGGGCAUGCAACUAAAAUUGACCAACCGAUUCUAUGAGAUGACACAAAGGGAUCUCAGCAUACUUCUCGAUAGAGAAUUCAAUGGCAAGGGUUCUUCUAUCGACUUGUUCAUGGGGUCUUUACAAACUACGCUAGAUUUUGAGAAAUACAUUGAUGUUCGGUUUUCAAAUAAGUUGAAAGGUUCAAAGUUGUCUUCUUGUUUUAAGCCUUACCUUUCACUUUGGAUUGCCCAUCAGGAUAAAAUGAUGAAGGACAAAUUAUUAACGUAUAUGGGCUCCAAUACUUUGGAUUUCACGAUGUCUGACUCAUGGAUCAUUUCAUCAAGUGCAGAUCUUUUCAGAACCUAUAGAUCAGUAUUGAGUCAAACUUUUGAAUUAAUUGAGAAUAAUGCAGAUGAGCGAGUUCCUAUAUUGUUGGCAAAUUUUUUUGCCAAAUGGUUGAAAGCAUAUCUUGACAAAAUUUUGAAACCAUUGCUUCUACCGCCAUCAGUUGAGAUCCAAAAUAAAGAGGAAACGAUCAAGUAUACGGUAUCACUUGUUAAUACCUCAGAUUACUGUUCGACAACUGUUGAACAACUAGUGGUAAAACUAACUGAAUUUAGUGCGGAAACUGGGAAAAUCUCACAAAUUUUUGAUGAAGUUAAAAGUGAUUAUGAUGAAGUCUUAGCGGCUGGUAUUAGCAUUCUCUUGAACAGAAUAAUUCAAUUGGACCUAUCGUUUGUUUGGAAAGAAUUCAACAAUACAGAUUGGUCAAACGUUGCUGUUGAGGACUCGAGUAGAUAUAUGGUCAGCAUGAAAAAUAUCCUUUCGUUCGCAACAGGACAGUAUGUCACGGAUGAAAGUUCGACAUUGGAACUCAUUUUAACUAAAUUCAAUAGAGAAGUUUACACAUGGAACUUUUUAGAUAAAAUUAUUGACCUGGUUACGCAUGAUUACAGCAAGUAUAUUAUACUCCUAUUGCAAAGGCAGCCACCGUUCGCAAAUUUAAAUGCUCCCAGAAAAUUUAGCCCAAGUACUGUGACCAACAUUGCUGAGCAAUUUUUACUAGACUUGGAACUUCUCAAAAACAUCUUGAAUUCUAUUUUACAAGGUGUUUCCAGCAGUAAUCAAAAUAGUGAAGGACCUGCUUAUAAGCGGGUUCAAAAACAUAUAGAUGCUAAUUUAGAGUUAUUGCUCAAGUUUCUCAAGUUGUUGUUGGCCCCAUUGGAUUCAGUUGACGAUUAUUAUGAAACUUAUAAAGAACUCACGAUUUCAAACAGCAAUACUUCAGUUUGGGCUUUCAUGUUAACACUGAAAGGUUUAGAGUGGGAUUUGGCUUUAUGGAAGCAAUAUUGGACUCCUUUUAAUCUAGAUUCAGAUGAUUCUACUGACGAAAUCUCAAAAAAAAACGUAUUGAUUUUCAAAUGGAACCCGAGAUUGCUGCAACAAUUUGAAUAUAAUAUGGCUCGAGUAAGCGAACCUGCAUGGUCUAAAUUCAUUAGGAAUGAGCUCAAAAUCUCGGCGUCCCGAGUAAAUGCAUCCCGAAAUCAAGUAGAUCCCCAUCAGCAGCAGCAGCAGCAGCAAUCUAGGUCACCAGUGUCGCCAGUACUCAAUGUGAAGAAUUUGGUAGCAGGCACGAGAUUCUUUAAUAGAGGUGUAUAA